AUGGCCAGUAGCGACCACAGUAACCGCCAGCAAUGCCCGGCCCCCUGGGAUUUCGCCCCCCUUCGAGACUCGCACUGGGCUUGCAAUGUGACGGUCAGGCCGGGCUGCCAUUGGAUCGAGGAUGGGGCUGGCGGACUCGUCUUUUUCGUCUUUCGUUUCCCGUCCCUUCUUCCACCCAUCCAUCCCUCCUGGCAGCCUAGCAACGCCCCCGUUCUUUGGUUUGGGUUUGGCCUUGGGUCUGGUUCACUUCUCUUCCCUUCUCGGCUGACUGAGACUCCUGCCCAUCGCAUGCAUCCACUUGUUUCCUUUCCCUUGUUCUCCGUUCCCCCAAUCCCAUUCCCAUCCACCCCCGCCGCUCUGACAUCAACCGGUAUUUCACUUUCAUUUUCACUUGCACCUUCUCUUCCAAGACAAAAGGAGGAUCAGCCCUUUGGACCUGCGUCCGGCCCGGCUCAAACUCUGUCCGUUGCGAAUGGACACAGCGCUGGGGCUAACCUCGUUCGUCCGGCACCCUGGCCAAAGGGCGGAGCUUUUCACGAUGCCGUGCCAUUAUUUGCUGCUGCUGAGAUGAUGCCUUGA